UACAGAUACAUUUAUUCAAAAAUUACAACAAAUAUUACAUGAAUACAGACCUAAUAACCCUUUGUUCUCUGGACUUGGCCCUCUUACUUCAACCGAACGAGAAGAUAAUAUUAAUGACAACAUGGAUAUUGAUAAUAAUCCUACAGCUAAUAACACCAACACUACACAGAAACAACAAAAUACUAACAUCAAUACACAAUAA